CGGUCCACUUCUCUGCCUCUAAACUUCACUUACACUGACCAGUAAACCCACAGUGGCUGUUUGACUCCGAGAUUAACAAAGUAAGUACCGCUGACAAUAAACAGCAAACACAUAAAUAAUGGUGGAAGAAGAGAAUUAUGUGACAGUGAUAUUUCAGACAAAGAGAGAUCCAACAUACGUGACGCCAAAAGACACAGAAACAAUCUACGACGAGGUGAACACUGAGGACAGGAAAUUGGAUGCAUCCCUUGUAAUAACAGAGAAUAAAGAGUUAGCUCCACCCUGUAGUCGGCUUGCGUUGGUUGUGACAGGUCUGGUGGUUAUUUGCCUCAUCUUGGUGUCAGUCAUCAUCGGCCUCAACUUCCGCUUUAACACAGUGAUGAGUGAGCAGCAGCGAGAAAUGGCCAACAUCACAGCACAGAACCUGCAGCUGAUGACACAGAAAACAUCCUCAGAGCGACAGACAGAGGAGCUGACCAGACAGAGAGACCAACUCAACUGGACCAUCGGAGUCAUCAUGGAAUAUCAGGAAUUUUCAGUGGAAAAACACUGCCCACAGAAAGUGUGUAAACCUUGCCUGGAUGGCUGGGUGCUGUUUCAGUCAAGCUGUUACUUUUUUUCCCAACAUCAAUAUUCGGUUUAUUGGAGGAGCUGGGAUCAAAGUCGUGAUCAAUGCAAAAUGUAUCAGGCGGCUCUGGUAGUGAUCGAAAGUCAGGAAGAACAGGAAUUUAUCAGCAACCACACUAAGGACUACCACGCUGAUGAUAAGCACGGCUACUGGAUCGGUUUGAGAGCAGGGAGCCCAAAGGACACGUGGACGUGGGUAGAUAGAAGUAACCUCACUGUGACGUACUGGAAAAUGCAACAAGAUGUCAACAGAAGAUAUUGUGCUUUAAGCCUACCAAAAGCGCCCCCUCUGGCCAACUGGGGCAAAGAGAGCUGUGACAUGAAAAACCUUUGGAUCUGUGAAAGACGAGCGUUAAUUAAAGCAGAUUAGGAAUCAGUCCCAGUAAUAGAAUUGUUAUUUAAUGUGACAGUAACUCCUUGUGUUUUUUGAAUUAAAGGCAAUGAGUUUUUUUCAGUGUCAAACUGAUUUUGUAAAAACUAAGUAAUUUCUUUGUUUUGAUUUAUGUUCAGUUACAUUUUGAAACAAAUGCUGCAGAAUCACACACCACGUUUGAGCUGCACUGCAAAAGCAUUUGUACUUUUUUGUAAUCAUAUGUGCUCUUUUGUCAUUACUAUGGGAUUUCUAAUGUAUUAGAUGGCAAAAGAAACAUAUUCCGAUGCAUGUAAAUGCAGAGACAGGCAUGAAUGUGUUUAUGUUACUAUUUAUUAAUACUACAUGUUUGUGAAACUUCCCUUUCCACUUGAGGAAGUGACAGUCUGUUCAUGCUCAUUGGGCGUAACUUGUAAGUAUCUUUAUUCCUUUUAUAGUAACAGAAACCAAGAAUCUGAACAAUAAUAAUAAUACGCGUGUGUGUGUGUUGUGCCUAUUGUCUAAAACUAAAACAGUGUGUAAGAAAUUAACUGGCUUAUCCUACAAGAGACUCUCAUGUUAAAAUGUUCAAUGUUAUUAUGAAAAAAAGUGUUUCCAGCUUAAAGUGGUUUGGCCGGUGUGGACAGCUCCCACCUUCAUAAAAGCUGUGAUUCUUUUAUUUACUCAUUCAUCUGGACACUCGUAAGGCUGAUACGUAAGAACACAGGCAGCUGGAGCAACAGCUGUGUGCUCGGCCUCGCCUCCACUGAGCUGUGCCUGUCGCAGUAUUUUGAUGCAUUUAAUAAAACGAAUCGUUGAAUGG